CAAAGGACCAACUUUCUCUAAAGACAAUACUCCAACUCCCUCUAUUUAUAGAUAAGAAGAUUAGAUAGAGAACCUCACACACAGAGAAAGAUCAUAUUAGAGAAGGGGUGACUUUACCUUUGAGAACACACACACUAGACUAACCAACAUGAGAAGUCUCAUUGUUUUUGUAGUUUUAGGAGCAGUAUCACUAUUGUUGCGUGGCUCAGAGGCAGCAGUUUAUCAGGUUGGAGACGGCACCGGUUGGACAAGACCUACUAGCACCUCUUUCUACUCUGACUGGGCUUCAGGCAAAACCUUCGCUCUUGGUGACACUUUAACAUUCACAUUCACUACAGGUGCACACGAUGUGGCCACUGUCUCAAAGAGUGAUUAUGAUAAUUGCAACACAGGCAGUCCAAGCAAUGUUGUGACAACUGGACCAGCAACAAUCAAUGUUACGGGAGAUAGCUACUUUCUUUGCACAAUUGCUGGCCACUGCUCCGCGGGACAAAAAUUAGCCAUUACCGUAGCUGCAGGCAACACCCCCUCACCAGGGACAUCACCUGAAACUCCAUCUUCUUCACCGCCGCCGCCACCACCCUCAGCCGCCUCAAGUCUUGUUGCUACCUUUGCUUUGAUGUUCGUGUCCAUUGCCAUUAGUUUGAUGUAUUGCUUUUAGCCCAUCCUGUAGCAACAAUUUUCUAGUGUUCUGUCAUAUUGCUUCUAUGUAUUUUAUCACUCAUUUGAGGAUAUACUGGUAGGCUUUUAUCGCUUCUAUGUACUUUAUCACUCAUUUGUUCUUUAUAUAACAAAUAUUAUUUUAAGUAUUAA